AUGAACAAACUGCUGUCACUAGCCCUCUGCCUCUACGCCGUGGCGGCUGUCAGGCCACCCAACGUGCGAUAUGGAAAUGUGUCGAAAAAUUUAGACGAGCAGCUAGGAAGCAGGAGCAGCUCCACUAACGGGAAACCAUUUAAUUUGCAAGACAGCAUCAAGUAUGAAAGGAAGAAUAAUUACGAGUUCUUUGUCGACUCGAAUGGAGAGCUCCAGCAGGAGCGUUUUGGAGUGAAAGAACCCAGACAGUUACUAAAAAAAAGUAUUGACCACUUAAGGUACCUAAUUAACGACUUGGAAAUCCUCACAGGGGUCUACACAUUCAACGCGAGAGACAAAGAAAAGGUGUUAAAAGAAACACUGAAGCCGGAGUCUCUUUGCUUUACCAUGUUGGGUCUGUUAUCUGACAACAUUAACAAGCUCCUACCAUUGGAAGACUCUCCCAUCUAUGGGCUGCUAAUAAAGGGAGAAAGAAACACUAGCACGAAUGAAGUGAACAAGGAACUAUCCAUAUAUGCAAUUUUAUCAAAUCUGACGGUGUAUGUUGGUGAGUUUAAGUUCCCCAUUUUGAAGAAUGCCCCGUAUGAGAUCCCCUUCCUGGUUGGUUACUACAGCAAUAAAGGGAAUGGAUUCAAAAAUAAAACGUUUUCGUACCUUUGCCCUUUACCAACGUUCCUAAUUGAUGUCGUACGAACUACCAGAUUCGGCAUGAAAUUUAAUUUUAAUGGAGUAGACUUGGAUGCGAACGAGUUAUUUCCUGCUUCACUGUCACAUUGGAUCGAAAUGCCAUCUAUGGUACCUGUUCAGACAGGGGACAAGUAUGACAAGGAGAGAAAUGCCGCAGUAGAAGUGCUCAAGAAAGAAGCCAAAGAUGUGACGUACAGAAAGGUGAAGGACACGGGAGUGAUCGAAGGAGUCGGCAUUGUGAAAGCACAGGAGAGGAUACUAGCCUCCAUUUCGUUCUCCAAAAUGAGAGAAACGGUGAAGAGUUUUCUCGCCAGCUCGGGAAAAAUAUCCAUGGAUGGACCUUCCACUGCUCUCUACUUCAUGGCCCUGAGUGAGAAGUUAUUGUCCAAAAUGAAAGACACAGAAGUGAAGAGAGUGACCCGAGUGGAUGUCUCCAAUGUGAUGGAAAACAAGAGUGGGUUCUUGCAAGGGUAUAGCCUGAAGCUAACUCUGGAGGACUCUACCUUCGUGACGGUGGAGGCGCUCGUGCAGGGGAAGAACGUGUUGGUUCCGCGUGAACUGAAGGGGGGCAAGAGUGGCUCCGCCUCUAUGGAAGUGCCCGUGGCUUACGGACUGCACGUGGGCGGGGGAGCAGGGCUGAGCUACAGCUUCGCUGGUUUGGCCUUCGACCUGAACCGCGCGCUGCCCUACAUCGUGAACAACUUGGCGUCCUUCGUGCGCGCGGUGUAG